AUGGAUUUGGUGGAUUGGCAUUCACCAAUACUCAUGGUGAUCACGGAAACUAGAAUGAGUGGUGCAAGGGCUGAUGAGAUUAUAAAGGCUCUGCCUUUUGAUGGGUAUGCGGUGGCAGAUACAAUUGGGUUUGCUGGAGGAAUUUGGCUGCUAUGGCGAACUGACUUGGUGCAUGUUGAAGUCCUGGCAGCUACUGAGCAGGAGAUUCAUGCGCUAAUUCAGGUAAGAUCUCAAUCUUUUAGCUGGUUAAUUAGUGCUAUUUAUGCUAGUCCUAGAUUUGAAGAACGUUGCAUUCUGUGGAAUAACCUUAAGAUUUUAGCUAAUAUGCAUGACCUACCUUGGGCACUUAUGGGUGAUUUUAAUGAAGUUUUGGCUGUUGAAGAGAAGUAUGGGGGGAACCCGAUUUGCCAGAGAAGAGGUAGAGCUAUAAAGGAGUGUAUGGAUGAAUGCAGAAUGAUGGAUCUUGGCUAUACAGUGGUGAGGGAUGCUCGGGCGGAUAGUGAGGGUGAUCUUGCUGAAGCUAUUUCUAAUUUCAAAACUAAAGCACAAAAUUGGAAUAGAGAGCUGUCAGAGGAGUACAAUUUAAUUCUUGAGCUUGAAGAAGAGCUGUGGGCCAUGAAAUCCAGAACCAGUUGGAUAAUUUCGGGGGAGAGAAAUACAACAUACUUUCAUAUUUCUGCGCUCAAUAGGAGAAGUAAGAAUAGAAUCAUCUGUGUCCAAAACAGUGAGGGUGAAUGGUGUCGUAAUCUAGAGGAACUUAAAGAAAUUUUCAACUCAAGCUUCAAGAAGCUUUAUCAGUCAGAGCAAGUUUUUUGUCCUAUUACUACGCAAUGGAGCUCGGAUUGGUGUGCUAAGCUUAGUCAAGAAGAAGCUGGUAGCUUAACCAACAUUCCCUCGGAUGGGGAAAUAUGGAAUGCCCUAAAAACUAUGAAGCCUUACAAAGCUCCUGGUAUUGAUGGGCUACAUGCUGGAUUCUUUCAAAGGUUUUGGUUGGUGGUUGGAGAAUCAGUAAAAAGAGAGGUUAAGGAAGUAUUCUCAAGGUAG